AUGCUGCCCCUCUGGACCAGGCUUACUCCGUUGAUUAGGCAGAUCACCCGGAGCUGGACCACCGUACGAUUGUUCUCCUACACGCGAGCCAGCUUCGAUGAGCCCAAGGACGGCAAGGAUACACCUGACGAUACCCUGAAAGCCGCACGUCCUGCCUGCCGCAAAAGUUACUAUCACCGGGUGACCAAGAAGAAACUGGACGAAGAUCCGGAAUAUCGUGCCAAAAGACUCGAGCAGAGGCGAAAGAGCAACGAAAACCAUCAGAAAAGAAUACAAGCAGAUCCAGAUUACCGCGCCAAAAUCGCACAACAAGUGAGAGAAUGGCAGGAAAAAAGGUAUCGUGGGGACCGUGAAUAUACAGAGAGGAGAAGAAGGGCGAAUAGAGAAUAUAUGCGCUUGCGCAAUGAGGAUCCGGAAGACUGCAUUCGGCAUCGAGAGCACAUGCAAAUAGCCCAACAAGAGAGGCUGCUGCAAGACGACGCCGCUUACAAGAAGAACCGUUUCGUAGCAUGGCUGCGUUACACGAUAUCAAAACACAAUCUUGAAUGGACUAGUCACCAGCCGCUGCUGUAUAGUGAAAAGGUCGUCAAGCACUGCAUAUCUUGCAAUCGCUUUAAACCUUUAAAGCUGUGGUGGAAGAAGAAGACUGCGUCUACUGAAGCUGUUCUUGCCAAUGCAGAGCAGUUCGAGUGUAUGUCAUGCUUCUUCAACCACGCGGGCAACAAUCUCAUGCCGACUGGUUAUGAGGGGGUCACCUUCCAGCGCCCAACUGCUGUCAAGCACUCUAACAUAUGA